AUGAGGACGUUCCGGGUACAGCCAGACUGGGACGCUCACCUUGGCAGACAUACAGAGAAGCGACGCGGCCACUACUCCUGUACCGCCACCAACCACCACGGCAGUGACGCCGUCACCUACAACCUUAUCCGUGCUAGGUCAGCGGGAGGGGAGUGGGUGAGGGCGGAGGUGGACGGUGAUCAGCGCUCCUACACGGUGACCAGCCUCAGGUGCGGCACCUUGCACCACUUCUACCUCACGGCUCACAACCACAUAGGCAGCAGCACGGCCUCCUCAACAGAAGCGGCCCGCACUAAGGGCCGGCCACCUGAGGCGCCGCCACAGUUCCAGUUCGUCACCAGCAACAGCUCGCAGGCGACGCUGUACCUGGCGCAGUGGGGGGACGGCGGCUGUACCAUCACCCACUUUAGUGUACAGUACCGCAGGGACUCCUCCAGGCACUGGACCACAGUUGGCAGCGAGAUACCGCCCGCCCGCACCUUCGCUGUGGGCGGGCUGGACGCAGGUGGCCGCUAUGAGCUGCGGGUGACCGCCCACAACUCUGCAGGAGCCACACCCGCCCACUACACCGUGACCACACCUGGCCAGGGCCUCCCAGGAGGCGCGGGUAAGGGCGUGGGCGGAGGCGUGUGGGGGAGCGCGCCCUCCACCUCAGGGGCGUGGCAGGACCCGCGAGUGUUGGUCCCGGCCGCUGUCUCCGCCAUGGCGCUGCUGCUGACUGUGACCACUGUGUGUGUCUGUGUGAGGAAAAGACCCUCCAGCAGACCCUCACAGAAGGAGGUGGCGGACACGGAGGAGGAGGAGAAGACGACCCUACAGGCGCGGGAGGACGUGUACACCACCGUCAGGAGGCCCGCGCCCACGCCUCCCCACCAACACGACAACACUGGAGACUACAGCGAGGAGGACCUUUACCCCUACGCCACGGCCACCUUCCAGAUGGGCGGAGGCAGCCCGCCGCCCCCUGCUCCGCCCUCCCCGCCCACACACGCCCACCACCCACAACCGCGUGGGCAGAAGGCCUUCACCGCCCUCGUCUAUCAGGCGCCGUCACUACACGAUGUUGACUCCCCCAAUCUGAGUGAGGUAGACAGCCGGGGGUCAGGUCGAGGGGGGGUGAGCUACGAGGGGGAGCACUACAGUGGGGUGUUGACCCCCCAGGCUGACCCCCGCCCCCCUCCCCACCACCGCCGCCCCCUCAGACACCUCCGGACCAGUAGAACCCCCCGUAACGUCCACUUCCCCUAAGAUACCAAGACCACAACCACAACACCACCUACAGCGCCUACCACAACAACUACAGUACCAAUACCAACAACAACAGUAUCAGUACCCACAGAAACAACCACAACAACCACAACAACCACAACAAAAGCUUUACCAACAACAACAACAACAGCAACAACAGGAACAUUAUCAGUACCCACAACAGCAACAGCACUACCAACAGCCUCAACAACAACAGCAAAAAGCACAGCAAAAACAGCAAACUAUUCGCCCUACGCCAUACACCAGACAGGUGUGAGGUGUGACAGGUUUGACGGUGACAGUGACGGAAGCAGUGUGACGGUGGCAAUGUGACGGUAAUGACGGAAGCAGUGUGACGGUGGCAAUGUGACGGUAAUGACGGAAGCAGUCUACAAAAAUCAAGAAAAAAAAAUGCAUAAAAAAUGAAGAAAAUGAAACAGAGAGAAAGUGGACUAACUCUGACACGAGUAAACACACGAGUGAAAGUCCCGUUGCAUUAUUGCCAUCUGGAGAGAAAGUUUUUUGUGUGUUGAGAGAAAGUGAUAUGUGGGAGACGAAAAUCAAAAGAAAAUUAAAAAAGCAAGUUUGUGAGUGACGAAGAUGGAUAGAAAAUGAAAAAGAGAGUUACAUAAGAGACGAAAAUGAAGAGAAAGUCAAGAAGAAAGUGAGAUGGAAAAACGAAAUAAAUAGAAAGUGUAGUUUAAGAAAGUGACUAAUUUUCUUGAUCCAGGAAGAAAGUUUAAACUAAAGAAAGGGAGAGAAAGGUAAUUAACCCUUUCUCUUCCCCUCCCAGAUGAAAAGGGUUUCUACUGAAUAUUUUAACCCAAUUGUAUACCCAGAAGUCCUUCAUCUCCCCCAACAGAAAUAAGGACUAAUGGUUAAGCCCCAGAAAAUAAUUACCCACGGGAACUUGAUCUCAAAUAAUAAUACUUUUUAGAACUUUAACCGAGAGGGAAACUUUAAAGUAAAGUUUUAAAACAAAGAAAAUAUUAAACGUAGUGUAUCUUAAGGGAAAUGAUUUACAAGAACCUCAGUUAAAAGAUAAAACAGUUUAAAUGAUACUUUUCCUGAGUUUUAGCUGUGUGUAUGUGUCUGCUGCUGAUAUUAUUGGAACAUUGGGGAAAUACUAAUAAUCAUACAACAACAAUAACCUCUUUGAAAACUGCCACAAUACAAUUUACUGUACAGAAGUGGUUAUAAACUUCUUAACUGUGAAAUUAUGAUAAAAAUUGUGAUGUUUUAAUGGAAGUUUAUUUUUUUGAGAUGAAUGUGUAUAUAUAAAUGUCUGAGAUAUAUGACCAAACUUGAUGUACUGUAUAUAGGUAAAUGGUUCCACUAGAUUCACUAAGACUCGUAUGAUAAAUUUUACUCGUAACUUAAGAUAAAACACGAAAACUGGUUAAAAAUGUCAUCAAACUUGCUCGGAGACUUUAGCUUAACUAGAUAUGUGUUAAGAGAACGUAUCUAGUUAAGGUAAAAUCACAGGGCAAGUCUGAUAUAACUUUAACGAUAUUCUUUUGUUUUUAACUUCAAUAAACCAGUUAAAGACAUUUUUAAACCUUCAGUUACGAGGAAAAAAAUUAUACGUUUCUGAAAAUCCUGACAUUUUUGUAAUUAUAAAUAUACAAAAGGUUUCUAUGUACGUUUAGUGAUGGAGAUCUGUGAUGGCUGACUUAACGAGUUGAUGCUCAUUUGUUUAUUGAAUCUUCCUGUCAUUGUCCCCUACAGAGUUGAUGCUCAUUUGUUUAUUGAAUCUUCCUGUCAUUGUCCCCUACAGAGUUGAUGUUCCUUUGUUUAUUGAAUCUUCCUGUCAUUGUCCCCUACAGAGUUGAUGUUCCUUUGUUUAUUGAAUCUUCCAGUUCUUAUUGUCCUCCAUGGUGUUUAUACUGUAUGUAUACAGGGAAUAAGCCAAGUGGGUGAAUAUACAUUAUCCAUAAACAUGUAUUAAUAAACGAAUAAUAAUUCUACGUAUACAUAACUGUUUCUCAAGACAAUAAGUAUGAUAUUUUCUCAAUGUGUAUACAAACAAUUAACAAGUAAUAUGUAUACAUGCUUGUGUAUUAAAACUCAACAAUUAUAUACUGUAUACAUACCUGUGUAUUAAGAAAAUUCAUAAUCAUUUAAUGUGUACAUGCAUGUGUAUUAAAAGGAUAUAUAUUUAUGACAUUGAUACAUAAUUGUGUAUCAAUAUAGAGAGAAAUACACAAUCUAUGGAUAUGUAUGAUUAAAGAAAAUGAAUAAGUUAUGUAAUACCAUGUAAUUCAUACCACUGAAAUCCCCGCUGUAAGAGGAGUUAAAAUACAAACAAAUCCACUGUAUAUUUUAACUGUAACCUGUUGUUGUGGACUGUAGGCUACAGUUGAUAUACAAUACUCUUGUAUUUCGGUAUUUCAUCAUCUACAAUACAUAAUCAAUAAAAAAUCCAGGUGUAUAUAGCGGUGUAUAAACAGGAUAACUACACUAUACAUAUACAUUACAACAGUGAAUGAUAAUUUAUACAUAUACAUUAUAUUCAAAUAUGUGUAUUAAAACAGUAUUAAUAAAAUAUCUAAUACUAAUUGUUUAAGAAAAUACAAAGUUGUGUAUUAAAUUGAAUAAUGAUAAUAACAGUAAUUUUAUUUAUUGUGGAGUAUGUUAUUUUUUCCUUCGAGGUGUUAUGUUAUGAUGUCAUGUUAUCAUCCUUGUCUCCUUCAAACCAUAACAGCAAGUGUAAUCAACUUUAUUAAACUGUAAUUAUUCAUAUUAUCAUUGUAAUUCAUUAGUUAUCAUACUUGGGAUAACAUGUAAGUGAAGGUGUUAUCAUUAGCACUUAAUUAUAACACCUGAGAUAACCUGUAUUCAUAUUAUUACACAGAUAACAUUACAGUGAUAACAAUUAUUUGGGCUAUGUUAUCCUCACUUAGUUAUCAAUCAUUAAAUUGACCUUUAAUCAUCAUUAUCAUCGUCAUUAUCAUCAUCAUCAUCAAAUUUGUGUAUAGGCAUUAUUUAAGCACAUUUCUUAACUAUUUGUCUAUGUAAGUAUGUAAACAAACUUCAAACUCUCGUUGUUAUAAAUUUUUACUCUACAGAAAACAUACAUACAUACAUACAUACAUACAUACAUACAUACAUACAUACAUACAUACAUACAUACAGGGGCCCUAAUCACCAAAGCUUAUACCUGGAGCGUCACUAUAUUGUACCAUCAUAUCAAGUAUACCCAUAUACUAACCUGUGUAUGUUUAACCUUACAGUGUAUACUAUACUUGACAGUGUCUCGUCCCGUGUAUACCGGAACUGUAUAUAUUUUAAUGUAUACAAGCUGGGUGUUUAUUAUGGGUGUAUACCGUUGUUUUCUUAUCGCGGUAUAUGAGGUGAAUAAACUUACCUUUUCU